UUUCCCAAGGUUCAUUUCCCCCUUCACUCUACCCAAAUUUUUUUCAAUCCGUAUUCCAUCAUAUUUUUCAAUAAUUAGCAUUUUCCAAUAAAUUCCCUUCUUAUGUCCCAUACUCUUCCAACCAAACAUUACACAUUGGCGUUAUAAAAAACACCAAUGUUUUGUCUCCUAUUAAACAUUUUUCUUUCCAUUCAAUUUCUUUCUGAUUUUUCCUCUUCUAAUUUUUCUUCAUUUCUCUCCCAUUCGAAUUUUUAAUUAGCAUUCCCUUCUCUUCCCCACCAGAAAUUUGAACAUAUCUCCAUCCUGUAAGGAUGGAAUUUUUCAAAAAUCUAAAUUUUCCAUUAAGAUUAGUAUUUUCCAAUAGACUCAUAUGUCCGAACUUUUUCCCAGUCAAGCAUUACACAAAACAUUGGCGUUAUAAAAAACCAUCAAUGCUUUGUUUGCUCCUACGCCCCUACCCCAUUAAAAGACAUUUUCCUUCCAUUCUUUGUCCCAUACGCGAACUAAUAAUUUCAUUUCACUUCCCAUCCCACUCGAUAAUUUUUAAUUCCCAUUCUUUCCACUUUCCCACGAAAAAAUAA